UAUCAAUUCAAAUGUCUGCUUAUUUCAACCCCAUGGCUAUGUUGUUUUGUAGAUCAGGCUGUUCUUUGGCCUUUCCCAAUACUGAAUGGUUUCCAUGGCUACGUUUCGUAAGAGUCGAAUAUCUUUAUCAAUUCAUAAGGGUGGUUCACCACUGCAAUUAAUCAAUUUUGCCUGUUGGAAUACGAAAAGAAGAUACAACGAUUGCUAUUUACCAUCAAAGCUAUGGGUUUGUUUACCAACUCCCUGAACGUCCCGUGCCCCUUUCGUUCAUUCCUUUGGCGUGUGGAUGUGGCUAAGUGUCUGACUAUAUUGUUCAUAGUUCUCUGGCGUUGAGGCCAGUACUCGUUCCUGCGCCUGAGCCAGUGGUAGCUCGGUAACACUUUAAACCAAUAUGGUUUCUAAUUAAGAAAUCUAUGGUUCGGAAAAUAUAUAUCAAAAGCCCUAAAAGAUUCUAUUAGAGUUUAAUAUAUUAAUUCAUUAAUUGUAAUUAAAUAAGACAGACCAUUAGAGGGAUUUCCCAACUAUUGUAAUCCUAUUUGGAUAAUAUGAGUUUCUUGUUCUUUAAUUAUUUUUCCCAAUACACCGUAUUCAAUGAAAUUUAAUAUUUAGAUAGUCAUAGAAGAUGAAUUAUGCUUUAAGAACAGCAUAUACACAUUUUUUUUUUCUUAUAAGAAAAUCUCUGAUUCUCUAUGGGUGUAAAGACUUGAUAUCCAACUCUGGUAGGCCAUUAAAACGACAAAAUGGAAAACAAAAUAAUAAAUACGAAAAUUCGAAGCACAUUUUAAGACGACAGCACGCUAUGACGCUGGCGGAGCAGUACUCUCUUAAAUGAGGGCGGGCCGGGGUUCGAAUUGGUGUUCCUCCGUGUUUACAGAACGAUGAGAGUAAAUUAUGCACUACGUAGACCAUAUCAUGCACCAGCACCCGCGAAGACUGCUUGUGAAGUCCCAUCUUCACCCCCCAGCAGUUCAUAUAAUUACCCCAACUACCUUCGUCUCCUCUCGUCAUGCAAAGACCUCAAGUCACUGCUUCAAGUCCAUGGCCGUUUGAUAGUGUCAGGCCUUAGAGAAGACCAUUUCACACUCUCCCAUCUCAUUAAUUCCUACUCUUCGUUUCACAAACUUGAUUUGGCUCGCUCUGUUUUCGAAUUCUCGGCUAGCCCAUGUGUCAUUCUAUGGAAUUCAAUGAUAAGAGCUUAUACUCGGUCAAAAAAAUGCAAAGAAGCUCUCAUUAUGUACCAUUGCAUGUUGGAGAAAGGGCUGGAACCUGACAAGUACACCUUCACUUUUGUUUUGAAAGCUUGUACAGGUGCUUUAGACUGGCAGGAGGGUAUUUUAGUUCACCAUGAAAUAGCCCGUAGACGAUUAGAUUGUGAUGUGUUUAUAGUGACCGGUCUUGUUGAUAUGUAUUGCAAAAUUGGUGAUUUGAGAAGUGCAAGAGAGCUGUUUGAUAGUUUGCCAAAGAAAGAUGUCGUAGCUUGGAAUACAAUGAUUGCAGGGUUGUCACAAAGCAAGGAUCCUCGUGAGGCGUUGAGAUUAUUUUGGGGUAUGCAGUUGGGGGGUGUUGAGCCUGACUCAGUGAGUUUGUUGAACUUGGUUCCAGCUGUUUCAAGUUUAGCAGAUAUUGAUUACUGUAGAUCUAUCCAUGGAUAUGCGGUUAGGAGGGAUUUUCAUUCUGCUGUUUUGAAUGGAUUGAUUGAUAUGUACUGUAAGUGUAAAGAUGUAAGUUCCGCUCGCCAGCUUUUUGAUCGGAUGUGGGGCCGAGAUGAUGUGUCUUGGAGGACGAUGAUUAUGGGCUAUGUGUUCGAUGGAUGUUUCCUUGAGGCAUUGAAGUUAUUUGAUACAAUGAAAGUAGAGAAUCGGAGGAUAGAUAAGAUGUCCGCUGUGAGUGCUCUAUUGGCUGCUGCGGAGAUGAGAGAUUUAGACAAAGGGGUUGAUAUCCAUAAUUGUGCUAUUCAAGAAGGGAUUGAUUCGGAUGUUUUGGUUGCUACUCCUAUUGUGACCAUGUAUGUGAAGUGUGGACAAUUAGAGAAGGCCAAACAAUUGUUUAAGGGACUUCGGUGGAGGGAUUUAGUUGCUUGGUGUGCAUUUAUAAAUGCUGUUGUCCAAUCUGGAUAUCCCAAAGAAGCAUUGUCUCUAUUUCGAGAUAUGCAGAAUGACAAUAUGAAACCAGAGAACGUAACUCUGGUGAGUAUCGUUUCGGCAUGUGCAGAACUACCAUCUGUAAGAUUAGGUAAAAGCGUGCACUGUUAUGCUAUCAAGGCUGACUUUGAUCUUGAUUUUUCAACAGGAACAGCGCUUGUAUCAAUGUAUUCUAAAUGGGGAUUAUUUACUUGGGCGCUGAAUGUUUUCAGUAGAAUUCCAUGUAAAGAUGUCGUGACAUGGAAUGUUCUAAUAAGUGGGUUUGCAUAUAUUGGUGACGUAUACCAUGCUAUGGAAUUGUUCUGUAAAUUACAGCUAUCAGGAAUACAUCUAGUAGCAGGUACCAUGGUCAGUUUGCUUGGCGCUUGUAUGCUGUCAAAUGACUUGAACCAGGGCACCUGCAUUCAUGGGAAAAUUAUAAGAAGUGGAUAUGAAUCUGACUGUCCUAUAAGGAAUGCUCUCAUUGACAUGUAUUCAAAUUGUGGGAGCCAUUCUUCAGCUGAAUUCUUGUUCUAUGAAACAGAGUUUACGAGGGAUGUGGUUUCUUGGAAUGUCUUAAUUGGAGGAUACCUACAGAAUGGACAUGCAAAUAAAGCCAUAUCCUCCUUUUGCCGGAUGAAAUUGGAGAACUUUCAACCAAAUUUAGUCACAUUUGCAUGUGUCCUUCCAGCAGUGGCAUAUCUGGCAGCCUUACGAGAAGGCAUGGCUUUUCAUGCCUGCAUUAUCCGAAUGGGAUUUCUGUCUAGUGCACUUGUUGGGAAUAGUCUUAUUGAUAUGUAUGCUAAAUGUGGGCAGCUCGAUUCUUCGGAGAAAUUCUUUAAUGAGAUGGAAAACAAAAACACAGUUUCAUGGAAUGCAAUGCUUGCAGGAUAUGCAGUACAUGGACAAGGCAGCAAUGCCGUUGCACUUUUCUCGCUUAUGCAAGAGAGCUAUGUCCAAGUUGAUUCCGUGUCCUUCGUCAAUAUUUUAUCUGCUUGUAGACAUGCAUGUUUAAUAGAAGAAGGAAGGAAAAUUUUUGAGUCCAUGUUUGAAAAACACCAUCUUGAACCAGGGUUGGAACACUAUGCUUGCAUGGUAGAUCUUCUAGGUCGAGCUGGUCUAUUUGAUGAAACCUUGAUUUUGAUAAAGACAAUGCCAAUGGAAGCUGAUGCUGGAGUUUGGGGAGCCUUAUUGGGUGCUUGUAAAAUGCAUUCUAAUAUCAAGUUGGGUGAAAUGGCGUUGCAACAUCUUGUCAAACUUGAACCUGAAAAUCCAACGAAUCAUGUAGUUUUAUCGAGUAUGUUUGCGGAAUCCGGUAGAUGGGGUCAUGAGGACAGCACCAGGUCAAGGAUGAAUGGGUCUGGAUUGAAGAAAAUUCCAGGCUGUAGCUGGGUUGAAGUGAAAAACGGGAUCCAUGCCUUCAGAGGCGUGGACUAGAGACAUUUGCGGUUCAAACAUGCUUUCUGCUGUGGAAUAAUUCGUUUAGAAAGAUGAAAGGGAAGGGAAUAUGCCUGAGACGAGCUACUGAUAUCACACUAACAAGAACAGCUAGGGGAGAGAGAGAGAGAGAGAGAGAGAGAGAGAGAGAGAGAGAGAUGUGUUUGUGUAAGCAAGAAUAAUGUCCAGUUGAUUCUGUCCUUGAAGAUUAAUCAUUAAUUUCAUUUUGGAAAAAUCUAGUUGCAAGCACAACUGUGUACUAAUAUGUGUAUCAAUUUAAUGUGAUUGGUCAAAAAAUAGAUUUUAUUGAAAACAGUACUAAUUUAAAUUUUGAAUAUGAA